AUGGCAUCAAGUUCCUCAAUCGCGCCGUCCAAGAAGUCGAACCAAGCCCUUCUCAGCACACCGCUCCAUGGGCUCUACAUUCCAAUUGGCCUUCUAGUUGUCGGAGUUGCCAUCAUUGACUACAACUACGUGCCACAUGCCGUCGCCGCGGCCGCUGUACUUGGUGGUCUCAAGGUCUUCCGCGGUCAAUCACGAACAAUUCUCAAGCCCGACGUGUUCCAAGAAUUUGAACUGGCCGAGGCCAUUGCCGUUUCUCACAAUGUCGGAAUCUACCGCUUCAACCUCCCCCGAGCAAAUGAUAUCCUUGGUCUCCCUAUCGGCCAGCACGUCUCCAUUGCCGCCACCAUUGACGGAAAGGAGAUAGUCCGCUCAUACACCCCCAUCUCUUCUGAUGUUGACAAGGGCCAAUUCUCCCUUCUUAUCAAGUCCUACCCUACUGGCAACAUCUCCAAGUAUAUCGCCGGUCUCAAGGUUGGGCAGACUAUCCGGGUCAAGGGCCCCAAGGGGCACUUCCAUUACCGCCCCAACCUUGUCCGCGCUUUCGGCAUGAUCGCCGGUGGAACUGGUAUCACUCCGAUGCUGCAAAUCAUUAAGGCGAUCUUGAGGAACCCAGAAGAUAAGACACAGAUCGACCUGCUCUUUGCAAACGUUAAUGAGGACGAUAUUUUGUUGAAGGAGGACCUGGAUGAGCUCUCGUCCACCCACUCCAACUUCCGUGUUCACUACGUUUUGAACAAUCCCCCAGAAGGCUGGACUGGUGGUGUUGGCUUUGUUACCGCCGAUAUGAUCAAGGAACGAUGCCCUCCCCCUGCCGGAGACGUCAAAAUCUUGGUGUGCGGUCCCCCACCUAUGGUCUCAGCUAUGAAGAAGGCCACCAGCGCCCUCGGCUACGAGCCCGCGAAGCCCGUGUCCAAGCUCGAUCACCAAGUUUUCUGCUUCUAG